AUGGAAGUGCAUGACUUUCCUAAGAGGUUUUUUAAUAAAAAUGGAUUCGAAACUGAGUUCAUUCAUACUAAGAGAAUGCAAAAAGUUCCUAAUCUUUGGGUUAUGUGGAAAAGAGGUCUCUCAAAGCCGACGGUUCUUUCUUCAUCGGAGCAGCACAUUUCUAUGAGUUCUAGCUGGCAGAAAAUUUUUUUUUCCCUGUCUGUAGUUCAUGCUAAAUGCUUCAAGCAAGCUAGAAGGGAGCUGUGGGUUAAUUUGACUGCUUCAUACCCGGGUCCAGGUAUUCCAUGGAUGGUAAUUGGAGACUUUAAUGCCACCCUCCAGUCGCAUGAGAAAAGAGGUCCAGGAGCUUUUAAUAUGGGAUCGGAGGCUGAUUUCACAGCAAUGGUGGAUGGAUGUUCUUUAAUUCAGGUUCCCUCCAAGGGCCGUAAAUUCACCUGGACAAACAAUAGGAGAAGAGGAAAUGUAGUUGUUGUGCUGGAUAGGACCUUUUGUAAUGACUCUUGGUUCUCUACCCUUCAUGAUUGUCACCAUGAAGUGAUGUAUACAGGGGCCUCUGAUCAUUCCCCUCUCCUUGUAACUUCGGAGUCUUUGGUAAGGCCAAAUAACUACCCCUUUCGAUUCCAACGAUUUUGGACAGAAAAUGAGAGCUUCAUGAAAGUGGUUAAGGAAUCAUGGGAUGAAUGGAUUAGUGGUUCAGCUAUUUAUGUUUUCAGUCAGAAAAUUAAGCGGCUGAAAGGUGCGAUUAGGCCAUGGGCUAAACAAAAUGUUCCGAACAUUAACUUGGAAUUGGAGGCUGCGCAGAAAGGGAUGGAGGAAGUGCAGGGUGAGAUUGAAAUAAAUGGGAUGAAUGGCCAGAUUUUUUCCAGAGAAGCUGAUGCAAAAACCAGGUUGCUGAAAGCGAUGGAGAAUCAUGAAAAGCUCUGGGCUGAAAAGGCUAGAAUGAGAUGGAGAACCCAAGGAGAUAGAUGCUCAAAAUUUUUUCAUGUUAGUGCAAAAAUUAGAAGGUUGAAAAACUCUAUUCACACUUUGAAAAAGGAAGACAAGCAAAUUAUUUCUGACAAUAGCCAAUUGGAAGAUUAUGUUAGUGGGUUUUAUGAGAACUUUCUUAAGGGUUCAGAAACUUCUGAGCACCUGGACUUGUUAGAUUGCAUCCCAAAGGUGCUCGAUGACCAUGAUAGAUGGAGGCUGGAUGUCUUACCGAGCAAUGCAGAAAUUAAAGAGGCGGUUUGGGAGCUCGAUCUUGAGAGUGCUCCAGGCCCAGAUGGCUUCCCAGAUAAAUUCUAUAGAUCUUGCUGGGAAAUUAUUAAUUUAGAUGUUUGCAAUGCAGUUCGAAGUUUCUUCAAUGAAGGUAGAAUGCCUAAUGUUAUUAAUACUAUUUUCCUAGUAUUAAUUCCAAAAGUGGAAGGGGCAAUGAGCUUGGAUAAAUUUAGACCGUUAUGUUUGGGGAAUUUCUUUUGCAAAAUUUUCUCUAAGAUAAUGGUGACUAGAUUAUCAGGGGUUUUGCAUCGGCUAAUUUCAAAAGAGCAGGGUGCUUUCCAGAAGGGGAAAAUAAUUCAUUCAAAUAUCUCAGUGGUGUCUGAGCUAACAAAUUUAUUGUUUUCGACGGCUAGAGGAGGUGGAAUGGGUUUGAAAAUAGAUAUCCAAAAGGCUUAUGACACGAUGUCUUGGAGAUUUAUUUUUCAAGUUCUAAUGAAAUUUGGAUUCUCAGAGAGAUGGGUAUUGUGGGUGCAUCAAAUGUUGGGUUCUACCAAAAUUUCAGUUCUUAAUGGUGGUCCGAUAGGGUAUUUCGGGGUGGAGAGGGGUUUGAGACAAGGGGACCCCUUGUCCCCCAUGCUAUUUAUUCUAGCUGAAGAGGUGCUAUGCAGAGGUCUCCAAAGGCUUGUAGUAGAGAAAAAGUUCAAGGUGCUUAAUGGCCCUCGAGGGGUGAUGACUCCAGCUCACAGUCUCUUUGCAGAUGACAUUUUCAUAUUUGGGAACGCCUCUCUCAGUUUUGCGGUCUACUGGUGGCCAAAUUCUCUCAUUAAUACUCUUGAAAGAUGGAUGAGGAAUUUUGUCUGGACAAGGGAAGUGGACAAUGCAAAAAAAAUUGUGAUCAAUUGGGACCAAUGUUGUAAGCCUAAGGAGGAAGGGGGUCUUGGAUUGAGGAGAUUGAGGGACAUAAACAAGACAAUGCUAUGUAAAUCUGCCUGGAGAAUUAAGACUGAAGAGUCUAUGGCGAGCUCUUUUCUGAGGGCUAGAUUCCUUGAUAGGGAGGGUAUCCCUAAGAAAGGAUUUAGAAAAUCCUCUAUUUGGCCAGGUCUGAGGAAAAUAUGGGAUUACAUAUCUUCUAAAGAGAGAUGA